AUGAUAGCCUUAAUCUUUCCGUCUCUUUUACAGUGUGCAGAAGCCAAAAAGUACUGCUGGUAUUUUGAAGGCGGAUACCCCAUCUACUUUAUAUGUCGCUCCUAUGAGGACUGCUGUGGGACUCGCUGCUGUGUGAGAGCCCUGUCCAUCCAGAGACUAUGGUAUUUCUGGGUGUUGCUGAUGAUGGGGGUAUUGUUCUGCUGUGGUGCCGGCUUCUUCAUCCGCCGGAGGAUGUAUCCGUCCCCUCUGAGAGAUGAGCCAGCCUUUAACGUCUCCUUCACCAGGCACCCUGUCACCACACCAGUGUCCCAGCAGCCAGGAAGUAUGCAGGGCUUCGGGGUCAACGGGAUGACAGGUGGCGACCCAGGGGUUACCAUGGCACACCCGGCAUACCCAGCACAGCCUGGCUCUGCCCAUAUGAUGAUGGGCCCCUAUCCUCCACCUCCAUCCUACUGCAACCACCCACCUCCGCCCUACGAACAAAUAUUUCAAAAUAGCGACAAGAAGUAA